CCUCCUGUGAAAUGUUGGAGUGUGGAUUCACUGAUGCGUGCUGUAGUAAAUAUAAACACUAUCACCGCGUGCUCUUAUGUUAAGUGAAAGCGCGGUAGCCUCAUGACGACCCCAGAGAGACAGAGACUGAGGGAGGAUAGAACGAGGGCAAAAAACUGGAAAAGAUGGGGGCCCUACCUUUCGGAGCGCCAGUGGGGGACGGUGAGAGAGGAUUAUUCUGAAGAUGGAAAUUGCUGGAAUUACUUCCCACAUGACCAUGCGCGGUCCCGGGCCUAUCGGUGGGGAGAGGACGGCCUUCUGGGAAUCUGUGACAGGCAGGGGCGACUUUGUAUGGGCCUGGCGCUCUGGAACACCAAGGACCCCUUCCUAAAGGAGAGGUUUUUUGGACUCACUGGACACCAGGGGAACCAUGGGGAGGAUGUCAAGGAAUUGUACUAUUACUUGGACAGUACUCCCACCCACUCCUACAUGAAGGCCCUCUAUAAAUAUCCCCAGGAGGAAUACCCCUACAGCAAACUGGAACACGAAAACAAAGUACGGGGCUUCCUGAUGCCAGAAUAUGAAAUUCUGGACACAGGUGUAUUUGAUCAGGGUUAUUUUGAUGUAAUGGCUGAGUAUUGUAAACACAGUCCUAAUGAUGUCCUAGGGAAGUAUACCAUCUCCAACAGAGGCACGGAACGAGCCACGGUUCACGUGCUCCCCAUGCUGUGGUUCAGAAAUGUCUGGUCAUGGGGCAAAGACGCCUAUUGUUGUGUGACUCCAAAGCCCCAUCUCAGUCAAGUGUCCAACACCAAGGUGAAAUGUGACCAUCCUACGCUAGGGGAGGAUCAAGGUCAUCACAUAGACCCUACAGUGGACCAAGCCUCACCCCCAGCUGCUUACUGUGGGCCAUUUUUCUGGGAGGUAGAUGUGGAUCAAAACAACAAAGAACCUGAACUCUUGUUUACAGAAAAUGACACAAAUUUCAAACGUUUGUUUAAUAUGGAAAGCAAAGGAUAUGCUAAGGAUGCAUUCCAUGACUAUGUCAUCAAAGGACAGAAAUCAGCUGUAAACCCAUCACAUUGUGGAACAAAAUGUGCUGCUCACUAUGUCCUGACCCUUGACCCUAGGGAAGAUUUCACCAUCAGAGUGAGGCUGUACUAUGAACUGGAGGCUCCCAAGCAUGGAAUCUUUGGACCAGAUUUUGAUGACACCUUCCAGGAUAGACAGAGGGAGGCAGACAUCUUUUAUGAAGAGAAAAUUCCAAUGAAGGACAAACAACAAAGACAGGUAUCCCGUCAGGCCUAUGCUGGGCUGCUAUGGAGUAAACAGUUCUAUUACUACGUCAUUGAGGAAUGGCUAAAGGGAGAUAAGAACCAACCCAAACCCCCUGCCUCCAGGCUCAGGGGACGUAACUUUGAAUGGAUGCACCUCUUUAAUAUGGAUGUCAUCUCAGUCCCAGACAAAUGGGAAUAUCCCUGGUAUGCUUCCUGGGACUUGGCCUUCCAUAUGAUUCCAAUGGCAGACAUUGAUGUACAGUUUGCUAAGGAUCAGCUACAACUUUUUCUCAGGGAAUGGUACAUGCAUCCAAAUGGGCAGAUACCAGCAUAUGAAUUUAGUUUUCAAGAUGUAAAUCCACCAGUUCAUGCCUAUGCAGUUUUAAGAGUAUACAAAGCCUCAGGUCCAAAGAACAAGCGAGACCUUGGCUUUCUGGCAAGAUGCUUUCACAAACUCAUCAUGAAUUUUACAUGGUGGAUUAACAGAAAGGAUUUGGAGGGACGGAACAUUUUUACUGGAGGAUUUCUUGGGCUAGAUAACAUUGGAAUUUUUGACCGUUCUAAACCAUUGCCAACAGGUGGCUACCUGGUUCAGGCGGAUGCCACGGCGUGGAUGGCGUUCUUCUGUUCCAUCAUGCUGGAGAUCUCCCUCACACUCGCCAGGAGGGACUGU